AGUGGUGGUGCCGGUGGCGGCUAGGGAGAUGGGACGUGGAGGGAGCUGAGCGGUGCUCCAAGAUGUUCCAGGUGCCCCUGGACCGGGAGGGGAUCCUCUUCAGGCUCCGCUUCACCACCUUGGCCCUGGGCACAGUCUUCUGUCCCCUCUUUGGUUUCCUCUUCUGUGUCAUCUGGUCCUUGCUCUUCCACUUCCAGGAGACCACAGCCACCCACUGUGGGGUGCCCAACUACCUGCCCUCCAUCAGCGCGGCCAUCGGGGGCGAGACGCCGCAGCGCUACGUCUGGCGCCUCUGCGUCGGCCUGCACGCUGCCCCCCGCUUCCUGGUGGCCAUCACCUACUGGAACCACUACCAGAGCUGCCCCUGCCCCCACCCUCGCUACCUGGGCCUCUGCCACUGCAACCUCCUCCUCAACCUCCUGGAGAACUUCGCCCUCCUCAUCCUCACCUACGUCUCCUCCUCGGAGAACUAUGCAAUCCACGAGAAUGCCUUCAUCAUCUUCAUCACCUCAGCCCUUGGCCACAUGCUCUUGACCUGCAUCCUCUGGAGGAUGACUAAGAAACACACAGUAAGUCCUGAGGAGCGGAGGUCCUACAAGUGGAAGCAGCUGCUCUUCCUCUUCACCUUCAUCACCUUUGGCUUUGCUGUCUGUGUCUACUUCCACCACAAUUGGUACUGUGGGCCUGGAGUCUACACCAUCUUUGCCUUCCUGGAGUACUUGGUUGUCCUCUCCAACAUGGCCUUCCACAUGACUGCCUUCUGGGACUUUGGCAACAAGGAGCUGGUGGUGAGCUCCCUGCUGGAGGAGAAGCACUUCUGAGGUGGCUUCCAGACACAGCCUGGUGCCAGGACAGAAAGGUUGGAGGUUGAUGGUCAAGGUCCUCCCAAAGGGUUCUGGUGGCCUUCCAAGCCUUGAAGGGGAAGGGAGCAAUGCAAGGAGAAGGUGAGACCAGGAUGGAGCUGCCAAGAACAUCCAAGCUCUGCUCUGGCCUUUGCUCAGAAGACCUCUCCAGCAAGCCAAGGGUCGCUCUGCUCCAGGCCAAGGCCACCUUGGGGAGCCUGGGGCUUGUAGAUUGGUGCUGGAGGGCUGUGCUCUUGAUGUCUGCUUGGGUUCCUCUGGGCCUUGGCUUGGGAUCUGCUGAGCUUCAGCGGUGAUUUGGGAUCUGCUGAG